GUGGGACUUUGCUUAUUCGCUUGAUUCCGGCAACAGCACGGUGCCCGCCCAGACAGUAGCCCCCCUCCGGCCAAACCACCCCUUCCACUUCUCGGCCUCCACGACCACCAGGUCCCCCCGUAGCCCCGCCCACACCGCCGCCUGGGGUCCUGGACCAUCUUCUUCACACCACAGAAGGGGUGCGAGGUCUCUUCCCUCAUCCUAUUGAAGCCACCGGUCCCACCGGCAUCCGGACCUCGCCCUCCUGUCUCCCCCAGAGAUGAUGCUGGCAGCUCUGCUGCUCGCCUUCAGUUACCUCAGCCUUCACACCCUCUGGCAGGCUCAUGCUGUUCCCAUCCUGCCCCUGGGCCUGGCUCCAGAUACUUUCGAUGAUGCCUAUGUGGGCUGCACAGAGGCGAUGGAGGAGAAGGCAGCCUCUCUGUUGAAGGAGGAGAUGGCCCACCAUGCCCUGCUGCGCGAGUCCUGGGAGGCAGCCCAGGAGGCCUGGGAGCAGAAGCAGCGAGGGCUCACUCUGCCCCCUGGCUUCAGAUCCCAGCAUGCAAUCGCGGUCAUGGUCUACACCAACUCAUCCAACACCUUGUACUCGGAGCUGAACCAGGCGGUGCGGACAGGCGGGAGCUCUCGGGAGUUCUACAUGAGGCACUUCCCCUUCAAGGCCCUGCAUUUCUACCUGACCCAGGCCUUGCAGCUGCUGCAGGGGAGCAAGGGCUGUAGCAGGGCACCUGGAGAGGUGGUGUUCCGAGGCAUAGGCACCCUUCGCUUUGAACCCACGAGGCUGGGGGACUCUGUCCGCUUGGGCCAGUUUGCCUCCAGCUCCCUGGAUGAGGCAGUGGCCCGCAGAUUUGGUAAUGCUACCUUCUUCUCCCUAAGGACUUGCUUUGGGGCCCCUAUCCAGGCCCUGUCUGUCUUUCCUGAGGAGCGUGAGGUGCUGAUCCCUCCCCAUGAAGUCUUCUUGGUCACCAGGUUCUCCCAGGAUGGAGCCCGGAGCCAAGUGACUCUCUGGAGCUAUAAUCAGACCUGCAGCCACUUUAACUGCGCCUACCUGGGUGGGGAGAAGAGGCGGGGAUGCGUAUCUGUACCACCAGGGGGGCAGCCAGACUCACCCUCCAAGGGGGACUUCUCUCUGCUCUCCUGGAAGACCCUGCUCUUGGCCCCUGGGGGAUUCCAGCUCUCAGGAGCUGGGCCCUGAAAGUCCAAUGUCUGCCACUUAGGAUUUCCAGGAACUGGUGACCUUCAUGUGAAGAAGGAGAGCUUUGAGCAGCCUUGAGAAGCAAGAACAUGGUUUCAGACCCAGCCUUAGCAGCCAGUGCCCCAACCAGGAUGUGGGGGAAUCUGA